AUGGAAGAAUUAGAAGAACUCCUAGUAAAAUGGGGCUGUGAAAACCUCAUUGCGAAAUUUCAGGAACAAAGCAUAAAUACAGAAAACAUUGUCAAGCUAAACAACGCACUAGUAAAAGAACUCAUACCAAAUAUUGGUGACCGGAUUAGAUUUCAGGAAAAAUUGGACAUAUACAAGGCAGACCUCGCCAGUGAUCAAACAGUUGAGCCUAUUGAAGCUUCCAGUGCCCAAUUAUUAAACGAGCCUAUAAUUUUGACUUUUGUAAAUAGUUCUGAAGCAAAAAGCUCUAAUACUAGCACAUGUAGUACUAAUACAUUAACCCAGUCGGAGAUAAAUUAUCCAUUGUACGCGCCGAUAGAAGGUAUUUUAGAAGCGCCUCAGUUUCCAGAUUUCGAUUUAAACACUUUGCUACAAACGACUGUAUUAGGAAACAGCGUUUUAAAGUAUUAUUCCACAUACAAGACACUAGACCAAACUCAUCGUAAUAGACUAGUAGAUAUAAUAGUAAAGCAUAUUUUCAACUUUAUUGUGAAAUGUCGACUUCAACACGAUCAUUAUAAUAUAAUAACGGCAAAAAUAAUUUCUUUAUUUCCUGGGGAACACUCCCAAAUUUACUAUGUACCAGCCAUCAAGAAAAAGGAAUCUAUUUUAAAAAAAUCUGUCUUGGCAAAAGGUAAGCUGGUAGAUAAAGUCAAGAAUUUGUUGUAUAAGACUGGUGAGUCCGGUAAUCUCAGAAAAAGACACCAUGAUGAUAAUGUACAUGAAACCACAUCAAAACGGCAAUGUGUUGAAAUUAGUGAUGAAGCAAGGCAGUCGGAGCUGUUUUUAAAUGUUCGAACUGAACCUUGGGAAGACGUGGUUUUUCACUGGAAAAAGACGUUCUGUAUUAGACAGCAGGAAACCUGUGAUACUGUCACCAAUUUUUUGCAGAAGUGGCCAGUUUUGAAUCAUUUAAAAGCUGACGUAUUGAUUAACUUAGAUUUUGAUAAACUCUACCCUGGCAAAUCACUACUGUUGUUUGAAAACUGGGCCAAGUUCUUUGCUACAAUUUUGGAAGCUAGAAAAAAUGUAGAAGUAAAAGAGCUUGCAUUUUUGGAGGAAGAUAUUUCUGAAGAUAGCAUAAUUGCUGUACAGUUACAUUCGUUACCUUAUUUAAUUCCCCCCAAGGGCAGAAUUACUACAAAAAAAGGAAAAGGAAAAGUUUGGAAGUUUUCCAUUCAGGAAGCUGUGGACUCCAUUAUUAUUCAUGCAAAGAAUGCAGCUGACAUUGAACGUUUGGUCAGUCAACAAAAAGCCAAAGCGAUCACAAACGAUUUGACAGUUCAGCCCUACGUCUUAGUGGUAGGACAAUCAUUAAAAUCUUUAGAAGCCUACUACGUUGUAGUCGAUAAAAUAAGAUAUGAAGUACAUAGUAUGCUAAGUGCAUUGGACACAUGUUUUAAGAUUUUUUUUGUAUUUAAUGCUAGGUAUCCUCCCCAAGCCGAACAUAUUUGGCAUAUUAUUCAGUGUUGCGUAUUUAAGAUUAAAACACCCUAUGAUAAACAGUUUCCAUAUGUAAUGGACAUCAUAGGAAUAUUUGAAUAAAUAUUUUCAUGUUCAAACCUACAUUUAUAUUUUUAACAUUUUGGCAAUGGAAUGUUGCACUAAAUUUUUUAAUAUUGAUCAGUACGUAUGUCAUUUGGAAUACGUGCAUAAGGUGACAUCAUUCACAUGUUCAAUAAAUGAUUGUCGCAGAUCCUUUCAUAAAAGGCACGUAUUUAAAGAUCAUCUUCGAAAUAAUCAUUUAGCCAAUAAUAAAGACAAACGCAGUUGUAUAAAAUGUAAUAACGUUGAUUGUGAUAAUGAAACAACCCCGAUAUUAGAUACUGUAGAUGAAGUAAAAAAUGCAGAUCUCGAGGAUCAAGAGCAUUUAAAUUUUGAUGAAUUAAAAACUAAAUUUACUAGGUUACUUUUCCAAAACGUACACUCUUUAAUUGGUAAAUUAUACAAUGAUUUUACAUUACCCCGUUCAGUAAUACAAAGUAUAAUUACCUCUUUCAGUUCUUUUUUGUCUGGUGGCAUAAUAGGAACAUUAAGUGAUAUUUUGGACUUAGUAGAAAAUGAUGUUUCGGUUACUAAAGAUGUGAAAAUCCUUUUAGCACAAUUAGAAAACGCCUUUCUUCGUGUUAAUACGGAAUACAAACGUGUAUCAUUUUUUGAAUCCUCUGACAAACUAAUUAGGCCUAUUCAGCACAUUAUUGGUGUAUCUCAAGACGAAAGUAAUAAAAAAUCCACAGUGUCUUUGACCUUAAAAAAUAGAACAGCAUCAUUUGUGUCUAUAAAAAGACAGCUAGAACUUUUCUUACAAACCCCAAAUGUGCUAAAAAGCAUUUUAGACUAUCAAAAAGAGUUAAGUGGUUGCCGAAGGGAAUAUUUAACUAAUAUUAUUCAAGGAAACCUAUGGAAAAAUAUUUUAGUACCAUUUUCGAAAAAAAAAGUUCUUCCUUUACUUAUUUACUUCGACGAUUUCGAAGUCGGUAAUCCCCUUGGAAGUCAUGCAGGCAUUUAUAAAAUCGGUGCUAUCUACUACACAAUUGCUA